AUGUUCCAGAAAAGAUACUUAAAUGCAGAGGACAGUGUACCCCUUGUGCCUCAUAUUUUGGAGGUUUCAGGUUUGAGCCCAGCAGUGGAAGAAAUUUCAGCCCAUGUUGAAAGAUCAUCUCUUGUUGUGUCAUCAUAUUUACAGGUUGAGCCAGACAAUGACAAUUUUGAGCAAGCCAUUGCAAAAUACAUGGCAACUAUUGGAACCCCACGUAGAAAAUUUAGAUUGAAUAGAAGUCCUAGCAAAUACGAAAAUUUUUUUGCUGAUGUACCUCAGGACUUCAUAGAUGCUGCUGUGAAAGUUUUGAAAGAAAUACCCCUUCCAAAAAAUGAAAACGAAAGAAAGGAACUGGACGUAGAUUGGAUGCUUCAAUUGACUCGAGUCAUGGAGUGCUUAAAUGCGUCAACAAUGCUUAUGCCUGGAAAACACAUGAAAAAUGAAGCUUCUUUUUUUGGUGUUGGUAAAAGUGCUGAUGAAGCUAUACAAGACGCUGCCUAUAGUGCACUUGUAUUUAUCAAUAUCCAGUUACGAAAUGUGAAAAAAGCUCAUGAUCUUGCUUGA